AUGAGCAGUGCUACGAAGGACAUUCAGUCAUCUGCUCUUGAGGGUAGACUAUCUCGUUUGGAGGAUGUGGAACGAAAAAUCAUGCUGAUCAUGCAACAUGCGGGAAAUGCUUUGGAAGAGCUUUCCAAGGAUAGACCAAUUGUUAAGCAAGUGGAAGGACAUACUCACAAUUUCCACACGGUUGUCAAAGAAGUUGAAUCCGAAAUGAACGCACAUAUCAAUUAUUUGAACCAGAUAUCUGCUGGUUUACCCUACGAGGGGAACACGUACGCGGACAGCCUCGAUUUGUAUCAUGCAAUUGACCGUCUUAUCUUGGUGCGAAAUACCUUGUCCUCUGUGUUGUAA